AUGGCUGUUCCUGGUAAAAAAACAUCUAACAAUUUCUCAUCUACACUAUCUCAAGGAGGUGCUGAAGAUUUUGACAUUUAUUGUAAAAUAUGUGACAGAGCUAAUAUCAGGUUGCCUGUCUUUGGUUACUGUGUAGAUUGUGAGGAACACUUAUGUCAAUCUUGUUUCAACACUCACAGACUACCAAAACCACUACACUUUCACCAACUUUUAGAUAAAGAGCACAUGCCACAACAACAAAAACAACAUGGAUCAUCAAAAUCUACUUCCAGUUCACGGAUUGGUGAUUUCACAAAGCCUUGUACUAAACACAGGAAAGAAGUGAUCAAAUUCUACUGUUAUGACCAUAAUGCUCUUAUAUGUAAUGUAUGUGUAGCCCUUGAACACACACCAACAUCCUGUCACGUGGACUACAUACCUGAUAUAUCAGGGCAGAUUUUAGACAGCACCGAGUUCAAGGAAGCUCUGAAAGAUAUUGAUAAAUUGACAAACAAAUGCUCCCAGAUUACAAGUGACCUGAAACAAGGAGUUGCUACAUCAACAACUUCUCUUCAAGAUGCUAUAGCAGAAAUUGACAAUUUCAGAAAAGAGAUAAACAAGAGAUUAGAUAAUCUAGAAAAGGAGGUUAAAGAUACUGCUACAACAACCCAACAAGAAAACGAAAAAAAGUUGAAAACAACAGAAACAUCAUGUGAUGACAUCAACAAAUCACUUCAAGCAUCAGCUGAUACUCUGAAAUAUCUCAAUUCAAACAAAAAAACUGACCAACUGUUUACUGAACUUAAGCUAGCUCAGCAACUGAUUGAAGAUAAUAGCAAUAUAAUAUCACAACUACCAACAAUCAAUGAUAUUGAUGAGUACAUCUUUGAACCAAAUCAAGAUAUCAAGGAAUUCUUUCAAGAUCAGAAAUCAUUAGGAACAUUGAGCGGUAAGAAUAAGAAACAGACAGUUGAACAAGAGAAUCAAGGUGCUGGAGCAAUAAAAUUGUCUACCCCUAGAAAAAUCAAUGCUAAAUCAUCCUCAGAUAUAAAGAAUUGUUGGAUUUCUGGUAUAGCUGUUUCACCUCAAAAUCAAAUAUUUGCAGUAGAUCUCUUCAAUCAAUCUAUUAAAAUGAUAAACAUUAAUAGUGGAACAAUAAAACAAUUAAAGCUUAUGUCACCAUGGGAUAUCACCAUUGUCUCCAGUGAUUCACUUGCUGUUACAUUACCACAAAGUAAAUUAAUACAGUUCAUUUCUUUCUCCCCAGACUCACUCUCACUAAAGAACAAACUGAAUGUAGAUGGAGCGUGUUAUGGUAUCAGUCAUCAUCAGGGAAAACUUGCAGUCACAUUUACAGCUAGACUACAAAUCAUGGAUUUACAUGGUAAUACUGAAGUUAAAGUUGAUAAAGAUUCCAAUGGUGGCAAUAUAUUCAGUCAUCCUCAGUAUGUCACAACAAACAGUCAUUCAAUUUAUGUAUCUGACAGUUACAAACCUGCAGUUCUACGAUUUAACUGGCAGGGAGAGAUGAUAGGAUUAGUAGAAUUUAACUAUCCAUGUGGUAUAACACUGUUAGAUGAUGGGUCUCUUUUAGUGAAUGGUUACGCAAGUUAUUGUAUAUAUAGAGUAAGUGGUGACUGUAAGGACAGAAAAACUAUACUGGAGAAUGUAGAUAGACCUCAAGCUGUAUGUUGGUGUGCUGAAAGUCGUUCACUUUGUGUUAGUAGAUUUAAUGGUGACAAUGACAGUGAUGGCAAUUAUAUCAAAGUGUAUGAAAUGAUGUAA